CUUUCUCAUCCAUUUUCCAAUAUCAAUUCCCUUCGUCUCCACCUUCUCCCUUUCUCUGUUUCCACCACUCAACAACUACACUCACCAGAACGACGCCGUUUCGCAAAGCGUCUAAAAACCGCAACUCCUAACUCCACAGACACACAUUCUCCACCUUCUAAUCUUUUCUGCUCGCAUGCGCCAUGUUAUUAUUAUUAUUAUUGUAACGCUUCGAUGGCGACGCGAGGUUUAAUCUAUAUCCGUUUCGUUUAAGCAAUUAAUGAGGCGUCGAUUUCACUUACGUGGAUUUCCAAUCCCGCUUCGUUCCUCACACUGCAUUGUGGAAACUCAAUUAAUCUCAACGAAUGUUGAUUAUUAUUAAUACUCCUUUAAUUCCAGACAAAGAGCAAAAGCACGCACUGUUUUCUAGAUCCUGCUGUCUCAGCUAUCGUUUCCCCAAGCGAAUCCGAAUCCAGGUAAAGAACGCCAUUCCUUUCUACUCUUUCUAGAUGAAUAUCCUCGUGGCGCUCGCAUUCUUGUGUCUGGCAGCGCUGGCGCCAUGGCGCGUUCGCUCGCAACAACAGAGGCAUCUCGUGAACAUGACGCUCGUUCACCAGGCUAAAGCUAGCGGCGCUCUGUGUUUGGACGGAAGUUUACCGGCGUAUCACUUGGACAGAGGAUUCGGCGCCGGUGAAAACAACUGGCUUCUUCAAUUUGAGGGAGGUGGAUGGUGCAAUGACUUGCAAUCAUGCUUUGAGAGAGCCAAAACUCGGAGGGGUUCAACAAGUUAUAUGGCCAAAUUAGAAGUGUUUUCUGGUAUUUUAAGCAACAAUGCCACCCUUAAUCCUGAUUUUUACAACUGGAACCGUGUAAAGCUGAGAUACUGUGACGGAGCGUCGUUCACAGGAGACGCUGUGUUCACUAACAAGACAACAACACUUCAUUUCAAAGGGCAAAAGAUUUGGGAAGCCAUUAUUGACGACCUUCUACCACAAGGUUUGGGAAAGGCACGGAAGGCUUUGCUUUCAGGUUGCUCAGCAGGAGGUUUAGCGACCUUUCACCAUUGUGACGACUUCGCCCAGCGUUUGCCAACGGAUGCUAGUGUUAAAUGUUUGAGUGAUGCCGGUUUUUUUCUUGACGAAAGAGACAUCAGUAUGAACCACACCAUGAGGUUUUUCGUCAAGAGUCUAGUUCAGUUCCAGGGGAUAGAGCAGCACCUGAAUAGAAAUUGUACCAAAGAACUGUACUUUCCAGACUUGUGCUUCUUUCCACAAUAUGCGUUGAAAUACAUAUCAACGCCAUAUUUUAUUUUGAAUUCUGCCUAUGAUGUAUACCAAUUCCAUCAUAUAUUGGCGCCACCCUCUGCUGAUUUGCACGGACACUGGAACAAGUGCAGGCUGAACCCGGCUGCAUGUACAGCAGACCAAAUUGCUAUAUUGCAAGGUUUUAGGCUCGACAUGCUUGCAGUUUUGAGACCAUUCUAUAUGAAUUCAAGAAGAGAUGGGGUGUUCAUAAAUUCAUGUUUUGCUCAUUGCCAAAGUGAACAACAGGAUACAUGGUUUAGAGAUGAUUCUCCAAGAAUAAACAACAAGACUAUUGCAGAAGCGGUUGGUGAUUGGUAUUUUAGUAGAAACAUAAGCAAGGAAAUAGACUGUCCAUAUCCAUGCGAUGGAACAUGUCAUAAUAUUAUACCCUAAGCUCAGGUGAGAUGGAAGAUUAAACUGAACAUUUUUCCUCAAGAUUCUCAAUUUCUCACAUAGAAGCCCUGAUAGUCCAGUAAAACAGAAUUAAAAGGCAGUUUUUUUGUAGAAGAGUAGAAAACCAUACACAUAUAGUGAAUCCUAGGCAGAUAGAAAAUUCCUUGAUAGGAAGUGAUAAAGAAACCAAUAGAGAAAAUGUGGUUUGAAUGAUUUCAGUUAUUUUUCAUUCAUUAUAAAAUAUUUUUACUUCAAUAAAAUUAAUUUGAAUUUCUUUUUCCUUUUUU